AUGCUUACUCACACAGUAUUGAGAGCUGGAACUAAGAGAACCUGCUCUACCCUUUCUGUCGUCAGAGGGUUGGCCACGGUCUCGCAGAAUCAACCCAGGCUGAAGUCAUUCAAAGUGUAUCGUUGGUCUCCUGAUACGCCGGAAAUUAAGCCACAUAUGCAAGAAUACAAGAUUGAUCUGAACGAAUGUGGUCCCAUGGUUUUGGAUGCUUUGCUCAAGAUCAAGAACGAACAGGAUGCUACACUUACCUUCCGUAGAUCGUGUCGUGAGGGUAUUUGUGGAUCAUGUGCUAUGAACAUUGGUGGUAGAAACACUUUGGCAUGUUUAUGCAAGAUCGACCAGAAUGAGAGCACGGAACUCAAAAUUUAUCCUCUUCCUCACAUGUUUGUAGUCCGAGACCUAGUGCCUGAUUUAACACACUUUUACAAGCAAUACAAAUCGAUCCAACCAUUUUUACAAAGAGAUUCGGUGCCUAGCGAUGGCAAAGAAAAUUUACAAUCUAUUGAGGAUCGUAAGAAGUUGGAUGGAUUGUACGAGUGUAUCUUGUGUGCCUGCUGUUCUACGUCUUGCCCGUCUUAUUGGUGGAAUCAACAGGAAUAUUUAGGCCCCGCGGUUUUAAUGCAAGCCUAUAGAUGGUUGAUCGAUUCCCGUGAUCAAGCUUCUGUGGCAAGAAAAGAAAUGUUGCAGAAUUCAAUGUCACUAUACCGCUGUCACACAAUCAUGAACUGUGCUCGUACUUGUCCGAAAGGCUUGAAUCCAGGUAAAGCCAUUGCGGAAAUCAAAAAACAGCUUGCCUUUGACUAA